UCAACGUCUAGUUCAUUUAAAAACGCUACUAAAAAUUACUACUCGCUGGAAUGUGACAGUUGGUAGUAGUGGCCGCGGUUUAUCCACUUUUCUCUUGCAUGGUUCUUUCGCUUCCGGAAAAUCAUGCCGUUUCAGAGAUUUGUGCAGUCAGGCCGUGUGGCCUAUGUGGGCGAUGGGCCUCACCAGGGCAAACUUGUCACCAUCGUUGAUAUUAUUGAUCAGAAUCGGGUUUUGGUCGAUGGCCCAUCAACAGGUGUACCUCGUUGUGAAAUGAGGCUUAAUGAGCUUCACUUGACAAAAUUCCGAAUACGUUUCCCAUUCUCUGGAUCCACUCGUGUCGUACGUAAAGCAUGGGACGCGGCUGAUAUCAAUGAAUUGUGGAAACAAACAAUGUGGGCCAGAAAAGUUGAAGCCAAAAAGAAGCGUGCAGCACUUUGUGAUUUUGAUCGUUUCAAGCUGCGUAAAGCGAGGCAAAUAAGAAAUAAAUUGCGGACAGACGCGUUUUACAGAUUAAAAAAGAAAACCAAGAAGGUUAAAACUGGCGGUGCAGAAAAGAAGAGUACGAAAAAAGCUGAGAAAAAGUAACAACAUUCUGAAUUAAAUACAAAAUUAUUUUACAAA